AGCCCAGCGAAGAAGAGCGUUGCCGUUCAAAACAAUAGAAGCAGUUGAAUCCGUCGCCUCAUUCGUACGACGGAAGAUGUCUCAGAUUAACCCCGACAAAGAUGACCAGGCGCUGGGUAGCAAAAGGGGCCUUUCCCUGCCCAUUUCCCGAGUGCGAUUGAUCAUGAAGAGCUCCCCGGAGGUGUCCAGUAUUAACCAGGAAGCCCUUUUCCUCACCACCAAGGCAACGGAGAUGUUUGUCCAACAUUUGGCGCUAUCGUCAUUCAGCAACGGCCAAGGGAAGGAAAGCAAGAGUUUGUCGUACAGUGACCUCGCCAAUGCCGCAGAGGAGAUAGAAACUUUCCAGUUUCUAACAGAUAUCCUCCCUAAGAAGAUCUUGGCUGGUGACUACCUCAAGUCUUUGGAGCAAGUGCGAGAAGAGGAAGAAGAAGCAGCUGACUUGUAAAACGAAAUGGGCGUCAUGUUUGGGGCAGAUGUGAUUGCUGAACUUUUAACCCCCCAAAAGAGUGAUAGGAGUCAUGUUGACUUGGCGAUGGUGCCUUCAAAGGCGAUUCCGUAUCAUGUGAAUUUAGUACAUGAUGCUCACAGAAAGCUAGCGCUGGACACUGAUCAUCUGGUCAACGGUUUGAAAUGUAUGCAGUUGGGAAAUUCAAUAACUAUCAUGGCUGUGACCUUUCAAACUGGAACGGACACUGCAUUGCGGCAUGAUCGUAAAAGCAAACAUAGCAGGCCUGUCGUGUUGCAUUUUUUUAAAAAA